UAUUAAAAUGUUAGUUGAUUUGUUCAGUCUUCUGCAUGUGAAUUGUCUAAGUCAAAUUUUCUCGAUUCCCUUAAUUAUCUAUAAAUUGCUUCAUCGAACAUGGUUAUGUUAAAAAUUUUGAGUUCACAUUCGUCCAGUUAUUCCUUUUCUUGUACUCUCCUAUGGGUUCUAACCUCAGCACCGGUGGAGCUGCGGGCUAUUCUACCGUGGAUCCUGGAGCUGAGACUAUGACUGCACCAUCUUCUUUUUCUUCUGUAAGUGUGGAAACUAUGACUGCACAUUCUGCAACUCCGGCGGCCAUAACCUCUGAUUCUGCUACCGUGAAAACUACACAUAAAGCUCAUGUGACUGCUCCGGCUGCUGCAAAAGUUACUGUUGCUUCCAGUUCUUGGGAAUAUGACGUUUUCUUGAGUUUCAGAGGUGAAGUCAGGCACGAGUUUGUUAGCAAUUUGUAUAACGCUUUGACUGAAAAAGGGAUUAGAACCUACAAAGAUGAUAGGAGUCUUGACAAAGGGAAAAUAAUCACUCCCGCACUCCUUAAAGCGAUUCAGGAGUCAAGAUUUUGUGUCGUAGUUCUUUCUAAGAAUUAUGGUUCUUCCUCUUUUUGCUUGGAUGAACUCGUGAAGAUCACUGAACGUAUCCCAGAUUCAGAGACAGAUGCACAGAAAUAUACAAUGAAAUGUACAGUUUUGCCAAUAUUCUACAAUGUGGAUCCAUCUGAUGUGCGCAAGCAGACUGGUGAGUUUGGAAAAAAAUUUGCCAAGUCAAAAUCUAAAUAUGCUGAGAAGGUGGAGGGUUGGAAAUUAGCUCUUAUAAAAGCAGGCAACAAAUCUGGAUGGGAUGCGAGAGAUAGGGAUAUUCCUACUCUUAUUGAUGAAAUUGCAAUCUAUAUCUUGAAAAAACUGAGUCGUACGUUCCCCAAAAGAGCUAAAGGCCUAGUUGGAAUGGAUUCCAGAAUAGAGGAAAUGAAAUCAAAAUUACAUCUGGGGUUGGAUGAUGUUCGCAUAGUUGGAAUAUGGGGAAUGGGAGGAAUUGGUAAAACAACCAUAGCUAAAGCUGUUUAUGCAAUAGCUAAAGCUGUUUAUGACAGUAUAUAUUGCCAAUUCAAAAAUUAUUGCUUUCUUGAAAGAGUUGGAAAAGUGGCAGAAACAUUCGGUCUUCAACAUUUACAGGAACAGCUUCUUUCUAAACUAUUAAAGGAAGAUAUCCAGACAAUAAGAAACCUGGGUGGAAAUUUGGAUGCAAUAAGGGAAAGGUUACAAUAUAUGCGUGUCCUUAUUGUUCUUGAUGGUGUGGAUAAUGGCGAAGAGAUGGAAGCCUUAGCAGCGGACCAUGACUGGUUUGGUCCUGGUAGUAGGAUUAUUAUAACAACUACAGAUCGCAACUUACUAGCAAAUAGAGUGGAUGAAAUUUAUGAGCCUAAAGGUCUAAACCAUAAUGAAUCACUUUCUUUGUUCACUCAAUAUGCUGUCCAGAAUAGCUAUCCUGUAGAUAAAUUCAUUAAAUUCAUGGAGCUCUCGCGCCUUAUAGUGAAGUAUGCUGAAGGUGUUCCUUUAGCUCUGAAGGUUCUUGGUUCCUUUUUAGUUCCCAAGAAUGAAAAUGAAUGGCAAAGUGAAUUGCAGAAACUUAAAAAAUAUCCGAAUAUAAAGAUCCAACAAGUGCUGAGGAUCAGUUAUGAUGGGCUUGAUGAUCCGCAAAAAUAUACAUUUCUUGAUAUUGCAUGUUUUUUUAACGGGGAGGAUAAAUCUUAUGUGGUGAAAGUCUUAGAAGGCUGUGGAUUCCAUGCAGAUGGUGGUCUGAAGGCUCUCGUUGAUAAAUGUCUGAGCAUGUUUUUUCUAACAUGGGGUAGAGACAUAAAUCUUACUGUGGUGGCGGUGGGAAGUCUUAAGAAGGCGAUGGAUUCCUUUCAGAAAGAUCACAUAUGUAAGUCUUCUCCUCAAGAAAGCUCUCGUUGCGGGGAGGAUAAAUCUUAUGUGGUGAAAGUCUUAGAAGGCUGUGGAUUCCAUGCAGAUGGUGGUCUGAAGGCUCUCGUUGAUAAAUGUCUGAUUACCAUUUUAGAUAAUAAGAUAUGGAUGAAUGGUUUACUGCAAAAAAUGGGACGGGAUAUUGUUCGUCAAGAGUCUCCAAGAAAGCCCGGUGAUCGCAGCAGAUUGUGGGAUCACGAAGAUGUGUAUCAAGUGUUGAAAGAAAAUGCGGCGACAGACAAUAUUGAGGGUAUGAUCCUGGAUUUGUCUAAAGUAGACAAUUUAGUUAUUGAUACCGAAGUCUUCUGGAGGAUGAAGCGCCUUAGAGUGCUUAAGAUCUGCUAUGUUGACCAUUCUGGGGGUUUUGAAUACCUAACCCAAAAUUCAAGAACAUAUGCUAUAAGGCCACCCAAAAAGUCUCGUGCAAUUCUUUAUGGAGAUUUUUCAAAAUUGUCUAACGACUUGCGGUGCUUGUAUUGGCAUGGAUGUCCCCAAGAUUUGCCAUCAAAAUUUUAUCCAGUGAACCUUGUUGAACUCAAUAUGUCAUACAGCAGCAUAACAAAGCUUCCAACAGAAAGCAAGUGUUUCGACAAUUUGAGGUUCAUCAAACUCAGUCACUGUCAGAAACUCACUAUGACACCAGAUUUUUAUGGGGUCCAAAAGCUUGAGAUACUUAUUCUCGAAGGGUGCAAAAGUUUAAUACAGGUUCAUCCGUCUCUGGGUUCUCUCAAAAGCCUCAGAUUAUUAAAUCUGAAAGACUGCUCACUUCUUCAGUCCUUUCCAAGUGAACUUCGCACAAUAUCUCUGGAGAUUCUCAUACUCUCUGGAUGCUCACUGCUUAAUAAAUUUCCUGAGAUUAAGGAUAAUAUGGAAAUCUUGUCAGAGCUUUUUCUAGAUGACACUGCUAUACAAGCACUACCUUCAUCUAUUGAAAAGCUUACGGGUCUUGUUCUUCUGAGUGCCAAGAAUUGUAAAUAUCUUUGGGAUCUUCCAACAAGCAUUGGACAUUUAAAGCAUCUGAAGAGUACUUAUUUUUCAGGAUGCCCCAAUCAUUACACAUUGCUAAAGGAGCUACAAUGCCUGGAGAACUUGGAAGAACUUUAUCUAGAUAAAGUGACAAUAAAAAAUCCACCACUCCCUAUCUGCUCUUUUACGAAGCUUAAAGUACUUUCAUUUCGUGAAUGUGAGAAUUUUCCAUUUGUAAACACAGAACAGAGUCUGCCAGAAGAAAAUAGAGAGAAUUUGUCACCAUAUUUUUAUGGCAGUUUAUCCUGUUUAACAAGUCUUGAUCUCAGCUACUGCAAUUUGACAGAAGUAUCAAUCCCUAAAGAAUUUGGCCUGUUAGAGUCUUUGAAGGAAUUAAAUCUGAGUGGAAACUACUUUUACACAUUACCCGUAAUCGGUGCCCUAGAAGAGGAAAUAGAGAGGAUAGUUGUUUGUGGGCAACUAUUUCCUUUUUUUGGGAUUUUUCUUUCAGGCGUAAGGGGGAAGGAAUUUUUUAUGGCACGUUUAUCCUGUUUUAACCAGAUCUUGAUCUCAGAUAUGCAAUUUUGA